AUGGAGUAUGAACAUAGCAGCGGCGUAGAGGCAGUGGCGGCUCUGCUGAAUCAGGUCGUGCACCAAGACUCGGACUCGGAGGAUGGUACCCCCACCUUCCCGUGGCCGUCGUGGCUUGUUGAUGCCUUCAAGGCGAAUGAGAACUCUCCUUCCAGCUUGGACGGAUCCAGUGAGCAGCCAAACGGUCGACUAUCUCCAUCAUCGCCUGCUUUCAUUCUCCCUUCCUUCAAAAAGACAACUACCGGUUACCUACGCAUGUUCGGUGUCUACGGCGACUCGGACGAGGACGAAACCGGACCCCCCUUGCGCAAGGAAUCCCGAACGGAAGUGAUUCACCAACAUGUUAUCGGGCAAGAAGAGGAUAUUGACCACCAUGUUAUCGGGCAUGAUGAUGAUGAUGAGAAGGUGGACAAAUUACAAGGCCUGAAGAAAAACCCUUCAUUCGGUUUGUCUGGAUUAUUAAAGAAAAUUGCGGUUCAUGUUUCCAAUUUGUAUGGAGGAGACGAGGAUCCAGACAUGCGAACAAAGACAGCUAUAGAUGAAUUUUUUCAGGAGUUUAGGACGAUCCUGGAGAGCACGAAUUACGGAGAGGAGUUGGAAGAAUAUGGUUGGACAGCAUUAAGGAUUAGGGUUGAGGUUCUGGAGCGUGUGAUGGAGGAGUACAAACAGUUAUUGAUCGGCAAGAUCAAGAAAAUGGAGCAGGGUCGGGACACUAGUGUGUCCCUGAAGGACCAGGAAGCGGCCGCCUUCCUAUACAGCCGGUUCACCAAGAUGUCGGAGUCGGACAAGCUGUACGUGCCUGGUCGUAUAAUUCAAAUAAUUCCUAUCGAACACUUCGUCGGUAGCGAUCCACUGUGGUCUGUUGGGCCAACCACUCAGUCUAAAAGUCCCUCUUCCCCCACUCUAUCUUCCUACAGAACGAACACCGCCGUCCACCCCAUCGCAAAUGAUUGCCCUCCCGAUGCCUCCAUUAAGGCCCAGAUGUGGUGCCUCCUGUCUCAACCGGGGGCCACCCUUCCUUCACAAGUUUUCAUAGACGCAACAGGAUGCCGCCUGGACUGGUUCGAACCGGUCUUCUUCCCGAGCUCCAUAGAAGAUCAUUCUCCAGCAUCCUAUAGUAAGGGACUGGCGCCUGACGCUUAG